AUGCCAAAAGUGUCCACUGAAUUUAUUGCGAUUGGAGCCAAUCGAACAGCACACACUGCUUCAUGGGGGCUUGAUGGACUUGUUGCAUUUGGUGCUAAUAAACUCAUUGCUCUCUAUAAUCCACUGGACCCUACCAGUCGAGGAAUCACCGAAACUUUGCAAGGACAUAAGCAACGUGUAAUUUGUGUAGAGUUUAUUGAAAGAGGUAAUCUUUCUUCAGUGGCCCUUGUGUCCGGCUCAGCUGAUAAUACUGCAAAAAUCUGGAAAAAAAACUCGCUUGGUCAGUGGAUCAAUUCGGCUACGCUUACUGGGCAUACAGGAGCGGUUGAGACAGUUGCAUGUAUGAAAGGGCAUUGUAUUAUGGGAGACACUGAUCUUCUUGCUACCGGUUCUGCCGAUGGUACCAUUCGCAUUUGGGAGCGUCGUAUCUUAGAUGACUCCAAUGUUACCUGUCUUCAAGUGAUUGAUUGUGGGAACAAGUAUCCUUUAGCUCUUGCUCUCGCUUAUCUCCCAGGCACAACAGUUCCUAUUCUUGCUAGUGGCAACACAGAUAAAGUUAUAUCCAUAUAUAUCUAUCAACAUGGAGUUUCUUGCUUUAAACGUGCUCACACAUUACAAGGACAUGACAAUUGGGUGCGCUCUUUGGCCUUUGCUACGUACACUGGUACUGAUGCUAAUAUAAAUGAAGAGGCAACCCACACCUUGAGAACAGGCAAUCUAAUGCUUGCAAGUGCAUCCCAAGACAAAUAUAUUCGUUUAUGGAAAAUCGCACCUGAAGCACACCUUGUAGAUGUAGACGUACCAGGUAGUGAGAGGUAUUUAUUUUUCUAUCAAAAUAAUAUGAGAUCAAAUGACACUGAAAUAUUUUAUAGUAAAAAACAAUAUUCACUUAUGUUUGAGGCUUUAUUGAUGGGUCACGAUGACUGGGUGUACAGUGUAAACUGGGAAAGACCAAGAUAUUCAGGUAACACUUUUAUCCAACCUUUAAGAUUGAUUUCUGCUUCAAGUGAUAAGUCACUGAUGAUAUGGAGUCCCGACACCGCUUCUGGUGUAUGGGUGAACGAAGUUCGUAUGGGAGACAUGGGAGGAAACAGCUAUCUGGGAUUCUGCGGAGCUCUCUUCAGUCCAGACGGAAAGCACGUUGUAUCUCACGGAGCCAAUGGCUCUUUCCACAUGUGGAGAGAUAUAUCUACUAAAGAUGAGGAAAACCGUUGGGCACCCGAGGUAUCCAUCAGUGGUCACUUUAAACCAGUCGAGAGUGUAGCGUGGGAUCCUCAUUCAAGAUACUUGCUAUCUGCUAGUUUGGAUCAGUCAACACGUUUAUAUGCUCCUUGGUGUAGAAGCACGGAAGGUAAAAAAGUUGUAACAUGGCAUGAGAUGGGUCGUCCUCAGGUUCAUGGAUAUGAUCUUAAAUGCAUCGCCUUUGUAAACGAUUGGCAGUUUGUGAGCGGUGCCGAUGAAAAAGUGCUUCGUGUAUUCGAUGCUCCCAAAUCUUGCGUAGAAAGCUUGGCAGUCUUGACAGGCGAAAAGGGACUGACGUCUGAAGAAAGUAGACCUAUUGGUGCAAAUUUGCCUGCCCUUGGUCUAUCAAACAAGGCUGUGUUUGAAGGUGAUAUUGAGACAAUGGUUAAUUCCGAAGAAAAUCAUGCUACUCUACAAAGCUACGCUCAAUCUUCUUCUACACCUACUUCAUUAUUGGAGACCAUGGUGCAUCCUCCAUUCGAAGAACAUUUGCUUCAACAUACAUUGUGGCCUGAGAUCGAAAAACUGUAUGGUCAUGGAUAUGAAAUUAUUUGCACAGAGGCCACUCAUGAUGGUAAAUAUGUUGCUUCAGCAUGCAAGGCUGCUACUCCAGAACAUGCCGUUGUACGUCUCUUUGAUACCAGCAACUGGAAGGAAGUAAAGACAAAGAUUAACGCACACUCUCUUACUGUCACACGUGUCAGAUUCUCUCACAAUGAUCGCUGGUUGCUCACUGUUUCGAGAGAUCGCGUGUGGUCCAUCUCUGAACGUGUUGAAGGAAAUCAAGAUGUUGCUUAUCGUCUUACAUCCAAGAACCAGGCACAUGCUCGUAUUAUCUGGGAUUGUGCCUGGAGUCAUGAUGAUAAAUUCUUUGUAACCGGGUCGCGCGACAAGACUGUCAAGUUCUGGGAGCAGAAAGAUGGAACACAAUGGACUUGUGUUGCAACUAUCAAGUGUACCGAACCUAUAACAGCUUUGGACGCAGCUCCUAUUUUGGUGGAUGGAAGGUAA